UCUAUAUGCCAUUGUAAUUAUUUGAUCAAGAUAUGUUAGUACUGCACUUGAAGAUUAAUUUUCUGUGCUUGAUCACCCUGCACAAUGAAUAUGAUGGCUCACGAAGUGGAGAUUGAAUUUCAGUUUCGGAGGAAGAUAUCACAGGAAGGAUCAGAGCCAUGGGCAAUUCCUGCGUUUCUGAUUCAGGAUCUCCUCCACUGCUGGGACAGGCCCACGAUCCCACCUUCGUAUGGAAGAUUCAUAACUUUAACCAACUUAGGAGAAGGGGUGUUAUGUCGGUUUGCUCUGCCCCUUUUUACUGCACCGGGUUUACCUGGUUCCUGGGGGUGGCCCCACGUAUCAAGAAAGCUGGUUCUUUUCGUUCGUAUGUGUCCCUCUCUCUUGGGACGCGCAGAGACUCCGUCAACAUGGAGCCGGGGUACAAGUUGGUUGCAGUGUUUGAAUUGUCAAUAUACAAUCAUUCAAAUGGGAUGUAUCAUGGAUACAGAGCUAGCUCCAGCUUCGAUGUCAUGCACCCAAAUUCGGAGUUCGAAUGCUUGAUUCCUCUUAGCAAACUACUGAAAUCAUCUGAUUUUAUGGAUGCUGAUUGCUGUGUCUUUGGUGUGAAGAUAUUACAAAUUGAUGUCUUUUCCCCCGAAAGGAAAGCUAUUACGAAGGAUACCACAGUUCAGAACCUCUUCAUCCAGAAGAAUAGAUUCAUCAAACAGACCUACACCACGAUAAUAAAGGACUUUCCUCAAUUGAAUUCAAAGGAUCGCAUCUGUUCGCCCACAUUUGAAUUGGGAGGACAUAAGUGGUACCUCGGCAUAUAUCCACGUGGUGAACAGUGCAGCACUGGUUGGCUCUCCGUGUACUUGUACCGGGACGCCGUGGACGACGAUCACCCCUGCAAAUCUGGACCGGCGGUUGAACUGGCUCUGUCCGUCGUAGACCAAAAGUUCGGGGUGGACCACAUCCGCAGAAGCCUAGGACUGGUGGUGUUUCCGUCUGAUCAUCUACAUCGAUGGGGUUUUUCCAAAUUCUGUCUGCUUAGCAUCAUCAUGGACCGGUCCAGAGGCUACCUCAUGGAAUCGAGCUGCGCUAUCGAGGUGGGGAUCACCGUCGUUGGAUUGUCGAAUUAGUGUAGUGAUGGCCAGCUUGGGUGUUGAUUUGUUAGUUAGUUAGCAGCUCGUGGCCUGAUGAUGAACAUACAAUGCCCUUUGCGUCCUUCAUCCUACUGGCUGGUAUCUAAGAACUUGUGACGAUCGUAUGAUAAGACAAAGUGAACACCGUGGGUAAUGAUAGAUAUA